AUGUAAAAUUACUACUUUGUAAUAUUAUGACAUUAUUCUCAAAAUCUCAAAUUUAUUUAUUUUUCCUCAAUGUUGCCCUAAUACUACCGUAGACCUACAACAGUGAUAAAUAAAAAUGAAAAUGUAAACAAAAAACAAUUAUUAAUUUCCAUGUUUAUAAAUCCACAGGGAGACACUGGAGAGGAGCUGAAGAGCCACAGGUUGCUGACUCCUGCCCUAGUGGCUACUUAGUGUAGUGCAUGGAGAAGGUGAGCACAGGCCUCAGGUGUGAUAAUUAGGUGCGAUAACGCUGCAUUGAUGUUUCACGCAGGAAGGCAGACUUCUCUUUCAAAGCAGCAGAAAACGGGCUGACUUGAUUUGACUUUGAUUAAUAAUGGAUUCACUGCGAGUAGCGGUCCGAGCCCGUCCGUUGAACAAAAGAGAAAGGCAUUUUUCAUCGAAAGUGAUAAUUCGCAUGAGGGGGAACUCUACAUCUAUUCAAAAGGGUUCACCUGUUCGAGGGGACGAGCUGAAGGACGGAAGGAAGACCUUUUCUUAUGACUUUGCAUAUGAUUCAACUGACAGAUUAAGUCCCACAUUUAUAUCCCAAGAGAAGAUUUUCCAUGACUUGGGGUCUGAUGUCCUGAAAGCUGCAUUUGAGGGUUUCAACGCCUGUGUGUUUGCCUAUGGCCAAACCGGCUCAGGAAAAUCCUACACCAUGAUGGGUCACAUAGAAGAUAAAGGUUUAAUUCCACGGAUCUGUGAAGGCUUGUUCUCCGAGAUAUCUCGUAGAGGGAAGAGCGACGCCGUGUCAUUCCGUACAGAGGUCAGCUAUUUGGAGAUCUACAAUGAACGUGUGCAGGAUCUCCUCAAGAAGAGAGCUACACCCGCAGAUGGAGGCUUGAAAGUGAGAGAGCACCCCAGGGAUGGGCCCUAUGUAGAGAAUCUGUCCAAGCACUUUGUACACAACUACAGUGACAUAGAGGACCUGAUCGUUCUCGGCAAUGCCAACCGCACCACGGCCAGCACGGGCAUGAAUGAAUUCAGCAGCCGCUCCCACGCCAUCUUCACCAUCAACUUCACCCAGGCGUGGUUUGAUGAGGAGCUGCCACGUGAGACGUUGAGUAAGAUCCACCUGGUGGACCUGGCAGGCAGCGAGAGAGCUGAUGCCACGCGCAACACAGGGACCCGGCUGAAGGAAGGUGCCAACAUCAACAAAUCCCUGGUCACCCUGGGCAGUGUGAUCUCCGCUCUGGCUGAACUCAGCGUGGGAGGACAGUUAAAGAAAAAGAGGAAGCAGAUCUUCAUUCCUUAUAGAGACUCUGUGCUGACCUGGCUACUGAAAGACAGCCUGGGUGGAAACUCUGUGACUACUAUGAUAGCAACCGUCUCACCUGCUGACGUGAACUACGGGGAGACCCUGAGCACGUUGCGCUACGCCAGCCGAGCCAAAAACAUCGUGAACUCUCCCACGGUGAACGAAGACAGCAGUGUGAAGGCGAUCAGAGAGCUCCAGGAAGAGGUUGACAGGCUCAGAGGGCUACUAGAAGAAGCCAAUCAGGUUUCCCGUGGGGAGCCUUCUUCCUCUGUGAAGGUAGAGGAGGAGCUGCAUCAGAAUGAGGCAAAGGUCCAAGCACUGACCAAGGAGUGGACCAGCAAAUGGGGCGAGACGCAGCGCAUUUUGCAGGAGGAGACUGUGGCUCUGAGGAAGGAGGGGAGUGGAGUGGUCCUGGACUGCCAGUUACCUCAUAUGAUAGGCAUUAAUGAAGACCUGCUCAGCACUGGAGUCGUCCUGUAUUAUUUGAAAGAGGGCAGAACUCUGAUCGGGAGUGACGAAGCAUCAUGCAGUCAGGAUAUUGUGCUUCAUGGGCCUGGGCUCCUCGCUGAACAUUGCGUGCUUGAGAACCGUGCUGGGGCCGUGACUCUGAUCCCUCAGGAUGGCGCACUGUGUUCAGUCAAUGGCUCUGUGGUAACCGAUCCCUGCCAGCUGACUCAGGGUGCCAUCAUACAGCUAGGAAGAAGAACCGUACUCCGGUUUAACCACCCGACUGAAGCUGCCCAGCUCAGGGAGAAACUCCAGAGCGGGCUGCCGUCUGCCUCCACCCUGCCCUUGACUGACGUGUCCAAAUCUACUGAGAAUCUGUCCAAGGUGGUGCUGCAAAACGAAGGGGGGAUGGAAGAGAAGCUCAAUCAGCAGGAGGUGGAAUUGCAGCAGGUCCGAGAAAGCCUGAACAGUCGCAGCCAGGACAUCAAAAGACUUUCAAAGGAAAACAGUGGGGCUCCCCAUCAACGGAGAGCAGAAGAGAAGACAAUGGGGGCAGAGAUGGAAGAGACUGGCAUUGGCCAGAUGGAUAUGCUGGCUGCAGAGACAGCGGACUCCAAAGUGCCAAGCAGCUGUCUUACCUCUGCCACAGCGGAGAAGCUCAUGACUACAGCCAUGCCUGUCCCUCACACUAGUUUUGAGUUGGAUGGAGACACACUACAGGGUGGGAUAAGCACCAGGGAUGGCCAGGAGCAGGAGAGGGACUCGUGUCAUAAAUCAGGGCCAGGGCUCAUGUCUGAGUGGCUGUGGAGGAAAGCUCAGAGUGCGGCUGGAGUUGCAAGUUAUGAGGGAGAGGAGGUUUGGUCAGGGGAUGCCAGCCUCCAGCAGACAAGUGUCCUGGGCCCGUGUGAUGGAUGUGGCACGAAACCAGAGGGGAAUGCUAACAAGAUCAAAGGCGUCGUGGCUGACUGCUACAAGGAGAGACCUGGCUCUAGUGGGAGCUCAUUAGGCAGCACAUCCCACCUGCAGAGCAGCAGAGGAUCUAGCUCCACGCCUGUCCUCCCACAGACCAGCACUCCCUUUCAGCUCGACAAAAAUCCCCUCAGCAGUCCGGCAGCCUGCUCCACACCUGAGGAAACUACCUUCGAGGGCCAGUUUGGCUGUGGAGAGAUGGAUGAAUCUGGAGGUUUGGAGGAGAUCCCGGGUGUGUGUGUGACAGAGACUGCAGCAGCCACAGUUCAUCACUCAGGGCUGGGCUCUUUGGUCAGCAGAAUUUCUUGGAUUUUCCAAGAUGCAGGGCGUCUCCUUUGGAGCGCUCCUACAGUACUGCAGCAAGUCAGGGAAGAAGGACUGCAGCCUGUUGGGGCCCGCUGGUCCAGUCAUGUUGUCUCUCUGGUCAGGGAAAGUAAUGUUCUGUCUGUAGUGAAGGACAGCCAGGUCUUCUCCAUGGUUAAAGGGACUGUAGUCUUCUCUCUGUUCAAGAAUAGUCACAUUUAUUCCAUGGUGAAAGAUCUACCUCUCAUGCAGCACAUCCAGAUGGAGAUAACUCAAAACCUUCAGCUUGAGGAGGCAGCUCAGAUAAUUCAGGGCUACAUUAAUCCUGACACCACACAAGCCCUAGUCCUGACACCAACACAAACCUUUAGCAAGGCAGAAGGAUUUCCAGAUGACGUGCCGUUAAUCCCAGAAGAUAUCUGGACAAGGAAUAAAAGUAUCGGGGAUCUGCGGUCACCACAAGAGCAAGACAUGGCUGAUGUUCAUGUGAAACAAGGACACAAACUGAUUACAGAGCUGUUGCCAGUGAAACACAGUGAGCCAGAGGUUACCCAUGCACCAAAAGACAAAGAUCAGGCAUUGGAGAACUCGAGGACUGUGCGGAACAAAAACAAAGUCCAAGUCUUUUGUCAAACGUUGAUAGAAUUUCCUGAUUCCCUUUUGUACCUGCAAACUUUACCAUUAUCAGACAUAAUGGACACUUUACAGUCCAUCAUCUCCACCACAGUGCCAUCCUCCCAGAAGAUUGUAGCUCUCUAUUGGCUGAAUGUUGCCAAAUGCAACCAACCUGAGCCCCGUCCUGCCCUCCUGAUCCUGACGGAGACUGGCCUCUACACCCUGACCACUGACUCUGGGCUCCUGGUUUUGUUCCAUCACCUCCCCUUGUUGCAGUUGAAGGAGGUGCAGAUAGGCUUUGCAGGCCACAGUCUGCGUUUGAUCGGCACUACAGAGGAGAGCAUCCUGGGUGUCUACACCCACAGCCAGCAGCUUACCAAAGAGCUGUGCAGGGCCAUACUUGGUGUCAUCUGCCCCGGGGACAACAGGGCCUCUCAGCACCCACUGCUCCAUGGAGACUUGAUGAAGUUGUCUUUAGACUGGCAGGCCCGUGUACCCGAUCUGCUGCUGGAUGCUGGUUUACGGGUUUGCUGCCACUUUCAGAAAAGUCUCGCUGAUCUGGUUUACCUUCUUCAUUGUAACAUGGAUCAAGAAACAGUAACUCUGGGAGAGAUGCAGCUACUGCUGUACACAGGUGUAGGGGUGUGCAUCAGCCCCAGUACCCACACUAAGCCUCUGGCUCAGCUUUUACUCACUGAUACCCACCUUGGCCUGGUGCAGGAGGAUGCUGUCUUUCACCCGACUCCACGCUCUGUCACCAUAGGGCCCUGCCGUCCACAAUUCAAUGACUUAACUCUCUGUCAGCGCUCAGAUGUGCGCUGCGUGCUGGUGCAUGAUGAAGACAAGCGCGGGGCUGUCAGUCUGGAUGUAAUCCUAGCAAAUGUGAGGGGCAGGGGUCACCCUGAAAGCGUGACUAAGGCAGCUACUCCGCCUGCACAAGCUUCAAAUUCAUCUCCGCAUGCAGAAGUGUGGAAAUUAACUUUCAGUUGCUCCUCUGAGGCCGCCUGCCUGAUUAAUCACUUGUCAAAUGUCUGAUCAAGGACUGAACAGCCAGUAAUGAACAGCCCAGCUUGAAAACGCUCACUCAUAGGGAGCAAAAGUGCAUCCCAACCAGACAAUGCAAAGCACCGCUUCACUAAGUAAGUGACAGUGAAAACUAUGACCUGUUUUGAAGUUUCUGUAUUGAUUUGUUUUUCUAGAAGUUUUUGUCUUUUUUAAUAAUGCAUGACUUUAGCACUUUUAUCUUUAAAACCCUUGACUGUCUUUGUUCUUGAAUUGUUAUUGUUCUUUAACCACUGGCCCCCCAUUAUUUUUGCCAAAGAGGUUGUCACUGUAAUGUGGAAUGUUUUAAAUAAUUAGGUGUUGAAGGUUCAACUUUGAGGAUUAAAAACAUGUUUGUGCCAGUUUCAUUUGUUCCAUGGGCAUUGUAAUAUUUUUUAAAGGAUUUUAGAUUACCAAUCCGACCAAAUUAACUCCCUGUAAUGGUUCUUUAAAUGUUAUAUGUAUAUAUAUAUAUAUAUGCACUGUUUGUCAAGUUAAUGCAAAUUUAAAAUAUUUUAUGUAAAAAUGGAUGAAUAUGUUUGUUAAAUAAAAGGAAGGUAAAGCCA